AUGCCUAUCAUUAGGAGGGGCCAAGAUAUUACCGCCCGAUCGUACUAUGAAUGUUUUGAUCAGGUUUGGGAUCCGCAAGCUUAUGGUAAUUGGGUAAUUGUCCCGGUCGAUAGCCAAAUUAGAUUCCGUCGCAGGAAUCUAGCAUUCGAAGCUCACAACAGGAUUCAUAGCCCUACAGGCUCCAGUGUUAAUGAUCACACAUGGAUUGAGAUAGAAUCCAAUGAUUUGGUCAAGUACUUUCGAUCUCACGAGGCACUCAAAGGUGUAGAAAGCCUUGAGAAUGUGAAUCCUGGAAUUGAUGCAAGGGACAUUUACCUCAGGCUGGAGGCAUUAAAGGUUUCGGCUGUUGAGCCCAUCUUUGAGCUCGAGGAAGAAGAACCUGCUACCGUAGGAUUAGGAUUAGGAUGGCCUCCUUCGCCAGUCCCAAUGCUGCCAAUUAACUUUGCUACGCACAGCCAAGAUCAGUUCCCGUCUCCUCCAAGGAGUAUUGUCUCUCCACCAGGAAUUACACAUCCUCCCCCAAUGAAUUCAUCUCCUUCCUCAAGGAAUUCAUAUUCUCCAGUUUUCCUUCAUAGCAACCCCCCACUCACAGUUCCGGAGCAACUUUGGGUCCUUCUCGACUUUGUCAAAUCGCACUUUGAGGAAACAGUCGAAGAACUUGAAAGGCUCAGAUUAGACGGGAAUAUUUCAUACGGCCUCUUGUGGAUGCUGUGCGUUCCUGGACAUCUUGUUGAAACCAAGGAUACGGCAACUGGACUUCCAAUCGGGAUGAGGCUCCAAUCAUGGGAUUAUGGACACGACGGAACCAAAUUUACCAUUCGGGGUGAUACGUAUAUGUGGGACGGGAAAUUGUUCAAGCGAGAGAUCACCUCUGUCGAGAUUGAGCAUUUUGAGGGGACAAUGAAACUAGAUCAACUCCCGAUCAAACCUUUGACAGAUCAAUGCAAACAAUCUUUAAUAGAGCGAGGGAGACUCUACCAGAAGUAUGCAGGCAUUCAUCAUCUCAACUACGACGCAACUAUCACUGUGUCCACCGAAUAUAGUACGAUACAGCUCCCAGCCAAGGGUAGAGUCAUGUUAGAUGCUGGUGGCUACUCGCGCUAUAACUCUAAUAAUUCAAGAGAACACCAGGGACCAACAUGGGACCCAUACCCGUUGAGAAGCCCCCUCCCGGGGCCAGUCCGCUCACCUCUGCGGUCGGAUGAUGAAUAUAAGAAUGACAACCCACUUCCAGAUGAGAUCCUAUGUCUAACUCCACCCGCCCAUAAAGCCUGGUCUUUUGCAGCUGAAGCAUGGGGCAACGUUCUUGUCAAUGACUUGUCCGAGAUCACUUUCGACAAGUUGGCACUUGAUCGAUUAGUGCUUAAAACAGAUCAGAAAAAACUACUCAAAGUACUGGUUGAAUCUUAUUCAGGGGGUAACAAGUUGGCUAUGGACCCAAGACCCGGAAAAAAUGGUGGACUAACGAUGGUCCUUCAUGGAAACCCAGGGACCAAGAAGACCCUUACUGCUGAAGCGGUAUCAGAGCACUUAAAGUGCCCUUUAUACGUUGUAUCUUCAGGUGAACUUGGCACAGAGGCUGAUGAAUUGGAGAAAAAGCUACGCAGUAUCUUUGAGAUGAUUGCUGCAUGGGGAGCUGCUCUGUUGAUCAACGAGGCAAAUCUUAUCGCCACUUUAUACGUCCUUAUUUUAUCAACGGACCGAGUUCACACUUUUGACAAAGCAUUUAUUCCGAGAAUCUCAAUCGCAAUCCAUCACCCCGAUCUCGAUCAAGCAUCGAGGUUACUAACUUGGAAGGAGUCACUGGUUUGUGCUGGGGUAACUUUGGUGGACUCGAAUACGUCUCCGCUGGAUAAAGAAAGCUACAUUACGCAUGAAGAACUUGGGUCGCUAGCGAAACGACCUAUUGAUGCUUGCGCCAUUGGGCAAAUAAUUCGGGGAGCACAGGCUCUGUCAAUUUCAGAUAUGGAACCAUUACGCAUGUCACAUCUUUCGACAGUCUUAAAAGUCGCCGAGCAGUUCGAGGCGGACAGUAAGGAGCUUGAACUUACGGAGGACACAACAGCAAGAAAGGAAGGGUGGUAA